AUGCAGCAAAACCAAUCAAUUCGUGAGGCUUGGGAAGCAGAACGAAACCAUCUUGAAGCCAACCGUCGUCGUGUUGAAGAGGUCUAUCAAGAAGAGCGGAUCAUAAUGGAUGAAGUCCAGGAGAGCUGGGAGGCUGAGAAGGAGGGCAUGGCCCGAGAAAUCGAAGAACUCAAGGAACGUGUUCAUCGACUUGAAGGAGAAAACAGUGCUCUCAAAGCUGUCACAGCCCAAAGCAUCCAAGUCACAGGCGUAGUUUCGCCUCUGGCGAGUCAGCGUGGUGGAAGCGGUGAGGGCUCUUUGGACAAUUCCUACUUCCCUGCUCCACCAGGACGACUCGUGUCAAGGGCACAAAAUCCCACCAUCCCGGUCGGUGUUUCCAUGGCCGAUGCGUCAUCUCUUCCACCCGGCCUUGAUGGUGCGUCUCGACGACCUCACUAUUUCUCACCAAGCAGUGCUCGUGUGUCUCCCACAACACAACCUGAAUCGUCACCUUUCGUCCCUCUCGAUCCCAGGAUGCAGACACAAAACCCGGUAGCCAAAGAUUUUCUGCCGUCCCCAACAGAGGAUACGGCUACGCCUGUGCCAGUUAUCGACGUGCAAGAAAUCGACCCUAAGCUGGAAGGUAUCCCGAUCAAGGCCACUGCGGUCCAGAAGUCCACAUUCGCCGCCGGCGCAUCUCCUCCCAAAAACACAGCCUCUCCAGUGACAUCCCCUUCUGGACCUGCUGCUCAAAGCCCGGAGCAGUCUCGGCAGCCGACAAGCAUGCGCGGCUCGUCCAAGGAGUAUACGUUGCAAGUUCUUUCCGCUGUCGAAUCUCGCCGGCUCACAAUGCACGCUGGCCACACCCCAAACCAUUCCCUUUCGGUUUUCCCCAAAAUCAACCCGACCGACUCAACAUCCAUCAUUGGAGAGGGCGCCACGCCAACUGUUGAAACGGCAAUCGAUCUCGGUACAGCAGCCGCCAUUGCAGCAGAAGAGGUGAAGGACACUCUGCCCGUGCCAGAACAGGCCGAAAGGCGCGACUCCAAAGUCUCAUUUGUGUCUUUUAAUGAAGAGUUGGAUCCAAAUGCACUAGAUGUCAUGAUGGAACCCAGUGACGGUGACAAACCCCUUAAAGGGCCUCUCAUGCUCAGAAACAUGCCGGCCAAAGACGAACUUUUCUGGGAAGAGGUACACAAGAAACUGGACCCCAUUAGUCAAGGACAGAACGCUCUUCCCGCUGUUAUGCAGUCUCAGGAACAGGGCUCUACUGCCGGGCCAUCUGGCUUAAAUGCUUCAGUGCCUGGGUUGAAACAGAGUAGCUCUAUCGGAGGGGAUGGGUCUGCUGAUGCCCGAGCUGAUGCAGAUGCUAGUGAUGGGGAAACCGAUGGCAAGGCCAUCGAAGUUGAUGUUCCGUUGAAACUGAAGAGUACGUCCAAUUUUGGCGCCCCUUUUGGUGCCAUGUAG